GCUCGCAACCACCCACCCAGCCAGUCACCUCAAGUGCGACCGGCCGGCAGGAGCGGAGGCAAACAAACAGACACAUAGAUCCCAGAGCAGCCAGGGCGAUCCUGCCGUGGGUUUUCUUUUUCUUUCUUGGGGCUCAGCACAGAGACACGGGAGCAGAAGAGGAGAAUGGGACGCCGGUGCUUGGAUCAGGACUGAGUCUGGUCGGCACAUUGAGAGCUCCUCCGACCCCCGUUAACAAGUCCUUUUCUCCCGGAUCAGAGUCACGUUUUCACCGCUAACACAAUGGGCUGCUGCAGCGGACGAUGCACACUCAUCUUUAUCUGCACUUUACAGCUGGUGUUGGCUUUAGAAAGACAGGUCUUUGACUUCCUGGGUUACCAAUGGGCCCCUAUUCUCGCCAACUUCUUCCACAUCAUCAUCGUCAUCCUCGGCCUCUUUGGCACCAUCCAGUACCGGCCGCGCUACAUUGUGGUGUAUACAGUAUGGGCCGCUCUGUGGGUGGCCUGGAACGUCUUCAUCAUCUGUUUCUACCUGGACGUAGGAGGCCUGUCCAAGGACAGUGACCUGCUGACAUUUAACAUCUCUGCCCAUCACUCUUGGUGGAGUGAACACGGGCCCGGCUGCGUGAGGAGAGAGAUGCCGCAGGCUCCAGGGGUCCGCACCACAGAGAGCCACUCCUACAUCACUGUCAUGGGCUGCCUCAUGGACUACCAGUACAUUGAGGUCGUGCAUAGCGGCACGCAGAUUCUUGUCGCUCUCCUCGGCUUCGUGUACGCCUGCUAUGUUGUCAGCGCCAUCACUGAGGAGGAGGACAGCUUUGAUUUUAUUGGUGGAUUUGACCCAUUCCCACUCUACCAUGUCAAUGAGAAACCAUCUCAUCUCCUCUUAAAGCCCAUGUACCUGUCUACGUAAAUAAGAGAGCGUCCAGUGCGGAGGUGACACAGCGAAUUCCCACGGAGACAAAAUGGCUGUUGUGGCACAAACAUCUCAGUUCACUGGGACACGCCAGACAUUCCUCCCCCUCUUGAUUUCAGUACUUUAAACAUGUCAUUUACUGGUGUACUGCCAGGAAAAGCCACCACUUUUCAGUUAGGGUCCAUUGUUUUCCAGGGAGGGAUGACGGGUUCUGGGAAAGGGGGGAUUACAGUGCAACAAAGCCUCAUAUUGUGUGUUUAGGGAAAUAUCAAUCAUUUUCUUUGUAUGGAGUUCUCUGCUGAGGUCCCAUGGCUGUGACCUGCCCAUAAUGGUCUAAUACACCCCACAAACAUGACUGUAUAGAACAUGUACAGCAUAUAAAUACAUUGUGUGUGUAAUCAGGGACUGCCCCAGCUUUCCCAGUCUGUGGUCCUGUGUCUUAGAGGACUCAGUGAUUUAGCAUGUUAUUGCUGGUUUGGCUCAGAUCUUGGCCAGAGGGCUGAAUUACAGUGGAGCCCGUGGAAUGAGCUAUUGUGCGCUGCCUGUUUACUUUAGGCCAGGAUCUGUGUGCAUAAAUACACGAGCAAAGCAGGAAGAGGCAGGGGAGUGGAGAGGUAGAGGGUAGAGGGAGGGGAGGGAACAAAAGCACCAACCCUACAGGGGCAUCUGUCAAAAAUAGAAAAUGUAAAUAACAAAACGGGGGGGGGGUAAGAAAUUUGGAUUUAGAGUUUGAAAUGUGAACUAUCAAGAACGCAAAGAGGUGUUCAAACACAAGGAACGGCAUGUGAGUCUUACUUUUAUUUCUGGAGUCUUAUUGUUGCGACUAUUCUCACCAACAGCCAAGUCAGUAUUUCUGAAGUGUCAUGUGUUAGAAGACACACUGAAAGCUUUAUUUUCACUUCAGCUCUCCUCUAACUACCGACACAUCGAGCUCCUGACAGGGGUGAUCAUUACACACUCUCAAACAGAGGUCACACAGCAUAUUUUUAACUUCAGGAAAACAAUAGAAAUUGUUUUUACUAUUCACAUUGCAUACAACAGCGUUGAGUUGUGACAUCUUCAGUGGAGGAAUAGCGUGGCCUGUACCUGAGUGAACCAGAGCGUUUGUCUCCUGUCAGUUCAACAGUGUAGAUUCUCAAUGGUGAUAGUCUCAGUUGUGAUUGUUUUAUAGCAUGUUUUUUACAGGGUUUGUAUUGUAAUUAUGUGUAUAACAUAUUAAGUAAAGACAAAAUAGCAAAACUGAUGUCGUCAACUGGUUUGCGUAUGAGCUGGUUAAACUGUAACUGAAAGCGUCUGCGGAGUAGUUUCCUACUCAGAUUGAUUUUAUUCUGACCCAGCAACAUUUUUAUUUGGACAAAAGAACACACACACACACACACACACACAUGGGUCAUAUCACCUAAACUGAUGGUAGCACUUUUUGUUGUUAAUGUCACAUGUUUUAGGACUGAAGUCAGAUCCCCUGUUGCCUUACCGUUAGUGCGAAUCACUACUGCUCUCUGGUGUUCAAAGUGUUCAUGUGCAAGUUAUAAGGCCACUGAGUUUCUGCUGCAAGGUCCAUGAAUCUACACAGUUUGUCUUAAAACUAUUUUUUGUCUGCAGAUAACAGUAAAUCUUAAAAUAGUGUUUUUGCUGGGUGAUUGUGAUGUAGCAGGAGUUGGUGCUUUGCCCUGGUGUCAGUGUUAUACUCAGUCUUUAUUGUUUAGAUCAAGAUCUGGGGGGUUUUUUGCGCACUACAUUUGAAUCGAAGCAUUUUUAGUAUGCUUUUAGUCUGAUUAUAAUUUCUUGGUGCUAAGUUUAAAAUGGUCUGCUUAGCUAUUUUUUUUUCCAGGAAUCAAAAGCGUAGUGAACAAAGAAGUUCUUUCUGUUUUCAGUCCUUUUUAUAGUCAGCACCUAAAAAUAUCUCAGUUGCGUGUCAGAUCCCUCUGUGGUAUUAGAUGUUCUUCACUGCUAGAUAGACGGUCCAAAAACUGUUGCGAUUCUGAAAAUCACCUGACCACUUCUGCCAGCUAAUUUCAGAAUGAUGACAGCGACCCGUUUUGAUUUGAUUGGUCAUCUUUGGCAAGAUGCAAUAAUUUAUGUGUCAUUAUUGUCUUUAUGAUUUAACGUUUACACACCCCUGGCAGGCUAACUGGUGUGUGUGUGUUAGUGAAAACACAAAGCACCUCAUAUUGUAACAUAAUCAGUAUUAGUAGUAAAUGCUACUAUGUAAAAACUAGUCUUCCUCUCAGUGCAAUACAGCCUCUCCCUAAAAUUUCCGGUGACUGGAAUUAGUUGAAACCUGUUACGGUUGUGUGUGUAUGUGCUAGUCUCCACUGAAAAAGAUUCCACCCGUUUGUAGAUAAUUCUUUUUCUUUGUAUAGAAAGUGGAAAAGAUCUCCUUUUUUUUGUAUCUCUCUCUUCUAUUUUGUGUCCUGUGUUGCCUCAACCCCGUGUGACCUGAUUGUGUAAUCCUAUUUAUCCAGAACUGUGCUUUGUGUUCAUGUAAAUAGGUGUUUGUUAAUAAAAGAAUGUGCUCUUUUAAUGAUA